CACAUGACACUGACAGUGAUCGACAUGACGGUAGUUGUUUUUCCUUGAAUUUUGUUUUCAGUCUAUUUUCUUCAAAAUAUUCUUAAAAAUCAUCAUAAAAAACAUAGCCAUAUGGAUAAUUUGUGAUACUAAGCAGUAGGCACGGUGUUUUUGUUUUACUUAGGAGUGGUUUUAGCUAGGAACAAUUACAAAAUGAGCAAUCAUUACAAUAAUAGGGGCAGGGCUGGCGAAACUGAACAAAUGGCCCAACCCCAGUGCCUGAAGGUUUUUAUACCAAGGGAUUACAGUGAAGGGACAGUGGUCAAGUUUAAAAAUAGUUUUCCACCAGAGCUAGAAGGACGGUUAGAGAAACAAGCCUUUGAAUCAACAAUAAACAGACUGAACGCUUAUUUUGCUGAAGCUGAAAAGGCAACUUGUUCUACUUAUUGUGAAGGUUGUCUAGCAUGUCUCACAGCUUAUCUUGUAUACCUCUGUAGAGAAACUCAUUACGACAAGUGCUUGAAAAAAGUAUCCAAGUUCAUUGCCGAGCAAAAUGAAAGAAUAUACGAACCGAGAGGUUUAAAAUUGACUGAUCCCAGUUUAAGAGGGCUGAGAGUUUUAGAGAUUAGCUGUCUGGACCGACCUCCUAACGCAUGACUUACACUUUCACACUCUACUCAAGAGUUUUUCAUGUGAAUUGAAGAAAGAAAACAACAAAUAGUGUUCAUUUAUUUUUUGGAAGCAACAAUAACAUGUUGUGUGUGGACUAGCAGAAAUUAGGCUGUGAGGAGAUAAUUCUUAUUAUUUUUUAAUAUCACACUCGAGAUUUCUGUAAAACAACAGGAAAAUGAUGGUUUUUAUACAGCAUUUUUUGCCAGUUUGUUCAGAUCUACUUUUUACUAUAUAGUUACUAUUUCUUUUUGUUAUAACAUGCACUGUUUAAAUUUUAAAGUCCUAUAUUUUUAAGCAUAAUUUAACUUUAGUUUUAAGUAACUAGCAUAUAUUUUGGUUAAUUAGUGUUUAUUUUAAUAUAAGCAAGAUCUAUAAGGUGUAUAAUUGUUGUUAAUUGAAACUAAUUUAAUAUUAACUUUAAGUCCUUUUAUAUAUUUGCAUUAAUGUCUUCCUAAAUUGUAAUUUAAAUAUAUUGAGUAUGUGCUUACCUAAUUUUGGUUUAGAUAAAUGAUUUAUAUUUGAGGUUGAAAUUCCUGGUGUAAUAUAUAGUGAGACUUAAUACAUUAAAUGUGUGUAAUUUACA